AUGUACGAUGUCUAUGAUAUAAAUAACGAUAUCAAUACAUGCAUUAGCUCAGUAGUGACCGAAAUACAAUUGAAUAAAGUGCAAUAUCAAAUUAUCAAAAUGGUGCCAAAAAUAUUGAUAGUAGCAAGUGUGUUUAUAAGUUUAACGAGCGCUCUUUCAGCGCCGUUCAUCACACCAUGCAAAGCUAGCGACGAAGAAUGUAUCGUACAAAACACUAUCAAAUCAAUACCAUUCUUUGCUGAUGGCAUCCCAGACCUCGCCGUGAAGCCUUUGGAUCCCCUUUUCUUUAAGAACGUGGACUCUAGUUCACCGAACCUGAAAUUUAUUCUGAGUGACAUCACCUUUAAGGGUUUAAAGGGCUGCAAACCCAUCAAAGUGCAGCGCAUCCCAGAAAAGUCGAAUGUAUUCUUGAAAAUAUCGUGUCCUUUGACUGUUGAUGGACAAUAUGAAAUGGAGGGCCAGCUUCUGGUCGUGAAAAUCGCUGGAAAAGGAAAGGUCAAUGCAUACCUUCCUAAUUUGGAAGUGUCGGUUACAUUAGACAUGAUUGACAAGGAAAAAGAUGGACAGAAAUACUGGCGUAUCAAGAAAUUCACUCAUUCCUUUGAUGUUACUGGAGACUCGAAACUCGAGUUUCAAGGCCUGUUGCAAGACAAUCAAGUACUGAGCCAGGCAGCCAAUGACCUGAUCAAGAACAGCAGCAACGAAGUCAUCAAGGAGAUCGCAGCCAAGCUGGUGGAAAACGUUAUUACCUACAUCGUGGGAGAAUUCAACCACUUCUUCGGAAAAGUUCCAGUCAGUGAAUUGGCUCUUGAUUGAAUCUGAUAUUUUGUAAAUAGAAACUCUUUGGUUACUA